UGCAUUUCACCGACGAUAUUAGUUACGGCUUUUUGCAAAUAUUGUUAAAAAAUUACUGGAAAGUUCUUGGAUUCACUCUAUGUACAUACAUAUGUAUACGUAUAUAAAGCGAUGAAAUGUUUGCUAUUUCAAUAAGCUUUAAUAAAAAAAAUAUCUUUAUAGGAUACAUCACGCGAUCGUAAUGAUGAUAGGAAGCGUUCCCGACAAGAUAAAUAUAUUUAGAAAGGUCGAAUUUCGAAAGGCGUGAAACCAAAAAUAUAUAUGCCAUUCGCAACGAUCGAUUGAGAACAUUUUAUAACUUUGCCACCAAAGCAAACAGAGUAUGUACACAGAGAGAAACUCUGGAAGUGCUGUGUGGCAGAGUUGACACGAUUUCGACCUAACAUACUGAGGCACUGAUAAGGCUCUUGGUCGCACAUUUUGAUUAAAGAGCGGCGCCGCCAUUAUGAACGUCGAUUAUAUGAAUUUCAUUGAGUUCGAGAUAAACGCCGAGAAUUGAAGAUGAUAAUAUCGAGAGUAAAUAAAGUAUUACAUAUGUAUAUGUAUUUAUAUUGAGCUAUGAACAACUGCAGAGGUAAAAAAUUCCUCCGAUGCAUUUUGCUGUCCAAUUACAAUUACAAAAUUAAUAGAUCAGUACAAUCUGAAGAUGAUAGCGACGAUUCCCAUAUCGAUUAUAUCUAAUAUUAUUGUCUCGAAGAGCUUUUUAGGAGAUUUGCCAAUGCCGCAUUGAUACCUCCCCUUUUUACCCAAUUCCUAAACAAUAUAAAAUAGAAACUCAUUUAAACCUACACAAAAAUCUAAAUACUAAAUUGACAGAAUAUAAGUGCUCAAAACCGUGUAUAGUUAAUUCUGUAAGAAUACAUAAAACCAAAAAAAUCCUCAUCAUCGUCAACAGGACUAUCGACGCAACUCAUCAACCGGACGUGGUAAUCGCACGCCACCGCCGCCUCCACCACCAAUGGUCUCAUCAGCAUCCACAUCGAACUAUCGUAGUACUGGUGGGGCUAAUACAUCUAGCAAUUCAUAUCGUGGUGCGAAUUCCCGGAAUGAUAGAGAUGACUCCAAUGCAAAUACCAGCCGUCACCGUUCUCCAAUGGGCAUACAAAAGCGUCCCAUGCGCACCGGCUACAUUUCAAGAGCUCGCGGUAAUAUCUCGUCAUAUCGAGGUGGCAUGCGCAGUACUAUGCUGAGGGGCGGUGUGCGCAUCAUUCGCAACAACCGGAAUGAAGCGAACGAUUUGCGCAUUAUGCGCCGAAAGCUGUUGUAUGCUCAACAAAAAGAUCGUGCGCGUGUAUUAAAAAUACAGCGCCUAACAAGGUAAUUAGAAAAAAAAAA